AAUUAAUUAAUUAUGAACUAAUUGCUUUAAGAGGAGAUUCAGUAAAAUUAGAUGGAAAACAAUGAAGAUGCAGAAUAAUUAGAAUAGCCAAUAGAGGAUUAAGAUUAAAACUAAACAAAAUAGCAAAGUUUCUAAUAAGAUGAGAAUGCAGAUUUUGAUUAAUCCAAAAAUAAAUAAGAUGAACAGAUAAUAAAAGAUUAAAUUGAACAAAAGGAUUAAAAAUAAGAAGUAGAUAAAGUAGAAACAAAAAGAAUAGUAACUUAAGGUGAAAUGGAAACAACUACUCAAAGAAAAGAUUAGUAUAAAAGAUCAGAAACUGAAAAGUAAUAACGUAUAAAAACAACAACUGAAAGGACAUUCAAAACAUUUGAAUAGAUUUAUAAUAAAAGAAAUACAGGCUCAUUAAUGCAUCUGAGAACAGCUGAAUAAUUUGAUACAAAGAUCAUACAUGAUUAAUUAAAUAGAUCUCAUGCAAAAUAAUAAUAUACAUUUUCUAAAGCUCAAAGAUUUUCAAAGUCAAAAGAAAGUUAUUGUUCAAUAUAGUUUUAUGAUUCUUAGUAAAUUGUACUAUUAAUUUUAGAAUAUAAACAUAAUUAAAUAAAAGAUCAGCAGCUUUAGGUUAUGGUAACAAAUCUGACUUUACUAAAAAAGAUAAAUAUAUUCCAGGACCAACAGAUUAUAAUAUUAAAUUAUAACCAAAAUAAGGAGUUAAAUUUGCAUUUGGUAGAGAUGAAAUGCUUUCUAAAGGAGUUCAUGGUAGGACUAAUACUAAUCCUGCUCCUAAUUUAUAUUAAGUGAAAGAUAUCAUCACUACAUUUAAAUAUUCAAUGGGAGAAAGAACAUCAGCAAAACGUAUUUAAUUAUUCUUUAUUAAUUAGAUAUUUAUCUUGAAUCUACAACUCCAGCUCCAGGGAGAUAUAAUAUAGGAGGUUUCAGUUAAAAAGGGAAUUACUUUAUAGGAAGAUACAAAAGUAGUGGAGCUCCUGUCAUUUCCCCAAAUACUGCCUAAUCUCAAAGAAUCAAAAGGAUUCCUGGUCCAGGAACUUAUGAUCCUCCUGGAGAUAUUGGUGAUCCAAGAAAUUAUUUACCAUCUUAAUAUUCUACUAGAAGUGGAUUUCGAUUUGGUUAUUAGGAAAGAUAGACAUAAGAGAUUAAAAAUAAAUAAUGUAUUUCUAUUUAUUAAUCUUAAGUUCCUGGUCCAGGCACUUAUUAACUCCCAUCAGAGUUUGGAGAUUUUGAAUAUCCACCUUCAUUUUGA